CUCUUUCCUUCCUCUCUUUCUGCUUUUCACUCGCCCUCCUUCUUCUCCAAGGCCUAGCCUAGAAACCGGGACAACAUCUGCGAAGGAACAAGUUGUGUUUUGGUUCGCCCAUCCACUAUUCCCCACCUUCACCGGGACCUGCGCGCACUGGCGGCUUCAACCGGUCAGACAGAAGCCAAAAAUGGAGAUUGAGGAGCAGGCCACACCGAAAGCCAGCGAAAAGGUGCUGUCGUGGGUGAAGGCCCACCUCCAGCUGGGCCUGAGCGUCUUGGGCGUGCUUCUUGGCCUGAUUCUGGGCUACUCCAUCGCCGCGGUCGAACCGAGCGAAGAUGCCACCACCAUCGUGUCCGUGCCUGGAGAAAUCCUGCUGCGGAUGUACAAGAUGCUCACGCUGCCCCUGGUCGUCUCUUCCGUCAUCGCCUCCCUGUCGCGGGUACAGUUGAAGACAACAUGGAAGAUGGUAACCCGCAUGAUCGCCUACUACGUCGCGAGCACCAUGCUCGCCUCCGUCGUCGGUAUCGUCAUGGUGGCCUUCUUCACUCCUGGCCGCCAGAUCCUGCAGACGGACAUCAGCAAGAUACCUGUCUCUGGACUGGACACCUUCCUGGACUUCAUCAGAAACAUGUUUCCGGAGAACAUCGUGCAAGCCUGCUUCCAGCUGCAUCGGUCGGUGCGGGUGGUCGAGCCGCCCCGCUUUGUGCCGCGGGGCAUGAACGCCAGCGACCUUCCGCCCGUCGUCACCAGAACCCUGCAGUACUCCGAUGGCCUCAACAUUUUCGGAAUCGUGGUGUUCUGCUCUGCGUUCGGCCUCUUCGCCGGCUACAUGGGCGAGGCGACGGCUGUCAUGGUUGAAUUCUUUUCCGUCCUCAACGUUCUCAGCAUGAAGUUGGCCUACCUCGUCAUGUGGUACUUCCCAAUCGGCGUGGUGUUCCUGCUGUGCGCUUCGAUCGGCCGCGGCGACGACCUGGGCGAGCACGCCUUCAACAUUGGGGUCUACAUCGGAACGGUGAUGACGGGCCUAGCCAUCCACUCGCUGGUGGUGCUUCCGCUCAUCUACUACGCCUUCGUGCGCAAGAACCCGCUGGUGUUCGCCAAGAACCUCUUGCACGCUUUCGUCACGGCCUUCGGAACCUCUGACAGCGUGGCAACGUUACCCGUGACCUUCAUGUGCCUGGAGCAAAACAACAAGUUGGAUCGUCGGGUCACCAGGUUCGUUGCCCCCAUAGCGUCCGCCUUCAACCUGGACGGCACUGCGCUGUACGCCGCCGUAGGCACCAUCUUCAUCGCCAACCUCAGCGGCAUCGAGCUCGACUUCGCCCACUACCUGGCCAUAUGCGUGGCAGCAGCACUGACGAGCUUCGCGAACCGUGGCAUCCCCAACGCGGGUGUCAUCACCAUCAUCCUGGUGCUCAAGGCCGGAGGCAUCGGACCUGCUCACGUGGGUCUCCUUCUGGCCGUUGAUUGGAUCAUGAACCGCUGUCGCACGUGUGUCAACGUGCUGAGCCAGUCCAUCGCGGUGGCCAUCGUCCACAAGUCCGUAGAGAUGGAGCUGAGGAGGAACCAGAACGCCCUCGAAGACUGGGGCAAGGACGAGCUCAGUCUCAGGCGGGCCAGCAAGUUCGCACCCCGCUAGCGGCCCGACAUUUCAUGCCUGCCUCCAUUCACCACGUCCCGCCACUCCUGGUCAACGUCUCCCUGAACUCGAGGACUCACUGCUGAAUCACGUACCGUCACCGGGAGUAUUCCACGAUACCGAAUGAGCGGAAUCCCCUGUCGCAGCAGUCUCAUUUUCACUGUGCCUGAUUGGUGAAGUCGGUGAUAAGAUACGAGUGAAGAGGAUGAGCGCCAUCUCGAUGGGCUUUUAGCGCUGCUUGAUGGGGUCCAUCGGAGUGUAGUGUCGGCUGCCGUACGACUUUAUAUGAAACAAAGCACAGAGUGUGCGAUGUGUAUACAUAUGGCUUUCAGGUAGCGCCAUUGUACCGUGCUCGUGGUCAUUCGCACCUGUUCUUGCCGAGAAAAAAAAACGCAUUCAUUGCAUGGUGCAAAAUGUAUGCCGCAUAAGGCACGCGCUCUGCAGCAAGGCCACCCACAAUGGCACCUGAUGUGACAUAAUUGCGAGCCAUGUAUAAACACACUUCGCAUAAGUUCGGAGUUGGCUCUCUUCCUGAUCACACACGUCUACUCCAUUAUUUCACCCUUCUCCCUCGAGUAUUUGUUCUUCUCCACCUUUCCUAACGAAAAGCCAGCCCCUGUCACCUCCAGAAAAAAAAAAAAAAGCCUAUUGUUUAUACGCCGUGGGAAAUAGUUCUUGCAAGGUUUGGUUGUCGGGAGAAGGAAUGACGCUUAUGGCGUUUGAAACGUGUACGUCGUGAUAAGCUAACAUGUAUCUAAUCUAAAAUGCACGAAUACAUGCUAUAUCUUAAUUCUCCGCAUUAAAGAGGGCAAUUAGUAAUGCUUCACGAGGAGCCGGACCUCUUUUUUAUUGUUUUACUACGGAUCAGGAGGUGAAAACGAUUGUAGAUAACAAAGUCGUAUUGCUAAGUGUUUGACGCAAUCUAAAGAAGGCCAACCACAGAUGGGACACGAGUAAAAUUUUCUCUAAAAUACAACAUCUUUCAUCUUAUUCUCUCUCUUUGGACGUGUGUUUGGGAUAGCGUUUGGCUAGGACUCGUGUUCCCACUGACUGAGCACGAGUGUCAGCCGAAAUCGGACGCAGCACUUCGCCAGCACGCAGCGACGCCAAGUCGGACGUGUCUGCCACUUUGCGGUGAAUCUCGUAAUGCUUCAGCACGUUCGUCGCUUGGUCGGCGGGUCGGGGAUCCACCAGCGAUGACGUCAUGCACAGGAGUUUCUGCCUUGCAGAAGAUUCGGUGCCGAUGCCAAACGUAUAGAGUGCGUAUAGAGAUGACAGUCUCUGCGCUUUUUUUUUUUUUCUCCCUCACGUGAUAUUGUGUUGACAACGCUUUCGUCAGACAGAUCCGAACUUACGUAAGUUUAUUUGCAUCUUCGUAUGCAUGUGCAAAUCAAGUGUCUCGAAUGCAAUGUUUUCUUGUUUCGUUUUGAGCAGGACGUCUUCUCAGAUAUGAAGCGAGACUGACAGAACGCCACAAAGACCUUCACCCUUCGCGGCCCUCUCUUGGGGAGAAUCAAGUGCGGUGUUUGUCAGUUUUUUUUUUCCCUUGUGGUUUGUCAUGGUUUGCUUGUACUAUGAGGCUGAAAAAUCAAUUCUGAAUCAUAUCUGGGCAAUUGCCAAGCAACUUGUGUUCAACAGAUGGGAAUUUCGCCAAAUUUUUACAAAAGCCCCAUUUUCUACACAAGUGCUAAGUGCAUACGGUUAUUAAUAUACCGGAAUUCACGGCAGACGUGACUCGUCAAUGCUAAUUUCGAACGCACACCCAAUAAGAAUUGUCUUUCAGAUUAUCACUUUUAUACAGCCUGGUGGCGUGGACGCUUGAUAAAGCGCGACGUCUAGUUAUAGUCCGAACACGCAAUCGCCAUUUCUUUCCAUAAGACUAACACUCUCUCGAAUAUACCUGCAUUUGCGUGACUCGGUCAAAUGAGGCACGCCAUAAAAAUCUGCCUGAGCGGUGGAACGGGCUCACGUGCGGCAUUUAGUUCGGUCUUUAAAUUUACUCCUAAGAGAAAAUUGUGAUAAAGAUGUCGGGCUAACGUUUUAGGCCAGCCUUGUGCACUUAGGGACUGGCUCGGUGCGGAGAUCUUAUGUACAUAGCGACAAUUGGUUAGCUGACGGUGUUGAUACCCAAAAAAAAAAAAUUGCGGGCGUUGUGUGUAAUUGCCAGUGUUUCUCAUUUACACGCAAAAUCUAUACGUUUUGUCAUGAUUAUGCAGUUCGGGUGCUCUCGCAUUUGGCUGUUCUGCUACAUGAAUGCUUCGAGUGUUUACCUUAUUGUAGAUAAAAAAAAGUAAAAAAUUUAAUAAAGCAUUGUUGAGCUCG